AUGGCGCCCCCAUCAACCACCGUCGACACGAUCGAGCUUGCCUCCUUGGAACAGAAUGCCGACCUGGAACACCAUCAUCACAACGAUCGAUCGCUUCGACGACAUAGCCGUAGUGCUUCUUCAUCCUCUUUUAUCCAUUUUCGAGCACCUAUACCAUCCAACAACACCACAGCACCACAUAAUGUCGCACCAUCCUCUGAUAUCAAUAGUGCAACUCGCUUGGCAGCCGAGGCACUUCCUUCAUUACUCAUGUCAGUCAUUGGUCUUGUCGCUGCAGGUUGGAUGAUGGACAUUUUUCAGCAUUGGGAAGUCUUUGAACAAGUAUCCGAACUCUUCAUCCUUGUGCCUGUGUUACUCAAUCUCAAGGGCAAUCUCGAAAUGAAUUUGGCUGCUCGUGUCUCAACAUCCGCAAAUAUGGGAGAACUCGAUCGACCAGGAACACGUAGUCCUCUCGUAUGGGGAAACCUUGCUCUUAUCCAAGUACAAGCCUUGAUUGCAGGAUCAAUUGCAGGUCUAUUUUCGUUUAUCCUUGGCAUCCUUGAACAUCCUCAAGAACCUGCCACUGUCUCUGAAAGCAUUCUUAUUAUUACAAGCUCCAUGAUAUCAGCAGCUAUAUCGAGUCUCGUCCUUGGCGUCUUUAUGUGCUUUUUGAUCAUUCUCAGCCGCAAGUUUCGUAUCGACCCUGAUAACAUUGCAUGUCCGAUGGCCUCUUCCUUGGGAGAUGUGGUCACUCUUGGUAUCUUGGCGGGUUGCGCACAAGCUUUAUUAGCCAACAUGGAUUCAUUACUCAGCCCAUCACUUUUUAUGCUGAUGAUCAUGUCAAUACCAUGCUUUGGUCGAGCUGUCUGGAAGAAUGCAACGGUCAAGGAUUUAUUGUAUUCCGGCUGGUCACCUAUUAUCAGUGCCAUGUUCAUCUCCAGCUUUGCAGGCCUUGUAUUAGAAAGAUACGUGGAGCAGUACAAAGGAUUGGCCAUGUUGACUCCUAUUCUAUGCGGUCUGGCUGGCAAUUUGGGUUCCAUUUAUGCAUCAAGAAUUAGCACAUGUUUACAUGCUGGAUCACAAGAAAACUACAAGUUGGUGGAGCAAACGCUACUGGCAAUGAACAUUCCAAUGCAAGCACUCUUCCUAUUGCUGAUCUGGGUCCUGAAUUUGGGUCAUCUCGAUUUUACAGCCAUGUUUGCAUUGUCCUAUUUCAUCGUAUCAAUGAUUUCAACUUUUCUUGCACUCAAGAUGGGCAAAUCCAUGACACUCGCAUGUUGGAAGCGUGGAUAUGAUCCUGAUAAUUAUGUACUCCCCUACCUCACUGCAUUGAUAGAUGUCAUCUGUACGAGCCUAUUGGUGAUCUCGUUUUCUUGGUUAUCAUCCAAUGGCUAUGCCGACCUUGCAACCAGUCAUAACACCUAA